CCCUGCGCGGCUCUACUCGCCGGGAAGGCGGCGCCGGCGGCGGCUGCUCUCGCUGCGCCCGCUCCCGCGCGCUGCCCUCCCGCCGCGGGUGGGCUCCGCAGCCUCUGGCUGCCCGCGGUCCCUGCCCCGCGGCGGCCACAACCUUCCACUCAUUCUGCGCGGGGGCGCCAGGGCCAGUGCGACCGGUCUCGGGGCGCUCCCUGCUCCCACCCGUAGCUACCCUGCGGAGCUAGCUGGGGCACCCCACUUUGCCCCCUCGUUCGUCGUCUCUGCCGGGUGCGAACUUGCCCACCCGCAGGCCGACCCCGCGCCCGAGAACUCUGUGCUCCUUGGGGUCGAGCGGGUCCCCAGCCUGGCGUGCAACGAGUAGGGGGCGACUUUGGGGAAGUGGUAGGGAGCAGUGGCUGCUGCUGCCUGGACUUCUCUCGCACGGUGCUGAAGAGGAGCCGCUCCGGGUCUCAGGGCGCUGGAUGACUGGCACGAGGAGCGCGCCCCGCACCUGGUGAGCGAGCUCCCUGCCUGAUCCCCGCGAGGCGGUGGACUGAGCCUCUGGCCGGGACCCGAGGACAGCAGCAUUUGGCUAGUGGGUGGUGUAGAUCUCGGAUAGGGUCGAUCUGCAGGCACCUGGGCGGGGACAGCCUGGUAGCGGCGCGCACUGGAAUAGGACCACCAUCAGUGCGGGGGCGCCCACAGUUGAGCUAGUGCACGGCUCGAAGUUUGUGCUGUCGCCUUUGCCGAGGUCUGAGAGUGCGGAGUGCUGCUGUGUGAGAACGGGGCUCGUGUGCCCAUGUGGCUGUGGAGUUUAGCGUGAUUCAUGACUGAGGACCCUCGGCCUCUGCCCGCCCUCUCCUUGGCCCCUUUCACACAUGAGGGGAGCAGGAGCUUCGUAGAAGACGAGCACCCUGAGUCAGAGACCCCUGCCCACCAUGAAGGGCGCCUGCGCCAUCGCCUGGCUGUUCUCGAGCCUGGGGGUGUGGAGACUCGCGCGGCCAGAGGUGCCCGCCACGGCGCAGUGCCAGAGAGCUGAGCACCCCAUCGUUUCCUACAAAGAAAUUGGCCCCUGGUUACGGGAGUUCAGAGCGAAGAAUGCUGUGGAUUUCUCGCAGUUAACAUUUGACCCAGGACAGAAAGAACUUGUUGUAGGAGCAAGGAACUACCUCUUCAGACUGCAGCUUGAAGACCUGUCUCUGAUCCAGGCCGUGGAGUGGGGAUGUGACGAAGCCACCAGGAAGGCCUGUUACAGCAAGGGCAAAUCCAAGGAGGAGUGUCAGAACUACAUCCGGGUGCUUUUGGUGGGCGGCGACCGGCUCUUCACCUGCGGGACAAACGCCUUCACACCUGUGUGCACCAACCGCUCGUUGAGUAACCUGACUGAGAUCCAUGACCAGAUCAGUGGCAUGGCCCGCUGUCCCUAUAGUCCCCAGCACAACUCCACGGCUCUGCUCACGGCUGGCGGGGAGCUCUACGCCGCCACGGCCAUGGAUUUCCCAGGGCGUGAUCCUGCCAUUUACCGAAGCCUGGGGAUUUUGCCGCCUCUCCGCACCGCACAGUACAACUCCAAAUGGCUCAACGAACCAAACUUCGUGUCCUCCUAUGACAUCGGAAAUUUCACCUACUUCUUUUUCCGAGAAAAUGCCGUGGAGCAUGACUGUGGGAAAACUGUGUUCUCCAGAGCCGCCCGGGUCUGCAAGAACGACAUCGGGGGGCGCUUCCUGCUGGAGGACACCUGGACCACCUUCAUGAAGGCGCGCCUGAACUGCUCGCGGCCCGGGGAGGUGCCCUUCUCCUACAACGAGCUGCAGAGCACCUUCCUCCUGCCCGAGCUGGAUCUCAUCUACGGCAUCUUCACCACCAACGUGAACAGCAUUGCGGCCUCAGCUGUGUGCGUCUUCAACCUGAGCGCCAUCUCCCAGGCCUUCAACGGACCCUUCAAGUACCAGGAGAACUCUCGCUCGGCCUGGCUGCCUUAUCCCAACCCCAACCCCAAUUUCCAGUGUGGCACCGUGGACCAAGGCCUGUAUGUGAAUCUGACAGAGAGGAACCUGCAGGAUGCUCAGAAGUUCAUUCUCAUGCACGAGGUGGUACAGCCGGUGACCCCAGUGCCCACCUUCAUGGAGGACAACAGCCGCUUCUCGCACGUGGUUGUCGACGUGGUGCAGGGCAGAGACACGCUGGUCCACAUCCUCUACCUGGCCACAGAUUAUGGCACCAUUAAAAAAGUGCGCGCGCCGCUGAACCAGUCCUUGGGCAGCUGUUUGCUGGAAGAGAUCGAGCUCUUCCCAGAGAGGCGGAGGGAGCCCAUCAGGAGCCUGCGGAUCCUGCACAGCCAAAGCGUCCUGUUCGUGGGGCUGCGGGAACAUGUGGUCAAGAUCCCCCUGAAGAGGUGCCAGUUCCACCACACACGCAGCACCUGCAUGGGAGCCCAGGACCCUUACUGUGGCUGGGACGUGGUGAUGAAGAGAUGCACGAGUCUCGAGGACAGCCUGAGCAUGACACAGUGGGAGCAGAGCCUGUCCGCCUGCCCGACCAGGAAUCUCACCGUGGAUGGGCACUUUGGCCCAUGGUCUCCAUGGACACCCUGCACGCACACGGAUGGGAGCGCCGUGGGAUCCUGCCUCUGCCGGUCCCGUUCCUGUGACAGCCCGGCCCCCCAGUGUGGUGGCUGGCAGUGCGAGGGCCCCAGCAUGGAGAUCGCCAACUGCUCCAGGAACGGAGGCUGGACCCCCUGGACCUCGUGGUCACCCUGCAGCACCACCUGUGGGAUCGGCUUCCAGGUGCGGCAGCGGUCUUGCAGCAACCCCACCCCCAGGCACGGGGGCCGGGUGUGUGUGGGCCAGAACCGCGAGGAGAGAUACUGCAAUGAGCAUCUGCUGUGCCCGCCGCACAUGUUCUGGACAGGCUGGGGUCCUUGGGAAAGGUGCACAGCCCAGUGUGGGGGUGGCAUUCAAGCUCGCCGCAGGACCUGUGAGAAUGGGCCCGAUUGUGCAGGCUGCAACGUGGAAUACCAACCUUGUAACACCAACGUGUGUCCUGAGCUGAAGAAGACCACGCCCUGGACGCCCUGGACGCCCGUCAACAUCUCUGACAAUGGCGGCCACUAUGAACAGCGGUUCCGGUACACCUGCAAAGCCCGCCUGCCUGAUCCAAAUUUGCUGGAGGUGGGAAGGCAGAGAAUCGAGAUGCGAUACUGUUCUAGUGAUGGGACCAGCGGCUGCUCCACCGACGGGCUGUCUGGGGACUUCCUGCGAGCCGGGAGAUACUCAGCCCACACUGUCAACGGGGCCUGGUCAGCCUGGACAUCGUGGUCACAGUGCAGCCGCGACUGCAGCAGGGGCAUUCGGAACCGGAAGCGCGUCUGCAACAAUCCCGAGCCCAAGUACGGGGGCAUGCCUUGCCUGGGCCCGUCCCUGGAGUACCAGGAAUGCAACGUCCUGCCCUGCCCAGUGGACGGCAUGUGGUCCUGCUGGUCCUCCUGGUCAAAAUGCUCAGCCACGUGUGGCGGUGGACACUACAUGAGGACCCGCUCCUGCACGAACCCAGCCCCAGCCUACGGAGGGGACAUCUGCCUGGGACUGCACACAGAAGAGGCGCUCUGCAGCACGCAGCCCUGCCCAGAAAGCUGGUCAGAGUGGUCAGACUGGUCUGCGUGCGACGCGUCUGGCGUCCAGAUCCGCCGCCAGUGCAUCCUUCUGUUUCCUGUGGGUGGCCAGUGUUCUGGAAACACCACGGAGAGCCGGCCAUGCGUUUUUGACUCUAAUUUCAUCCCAGAAGUGUCUGUCGCAAGAUCAAGCAGUGUAGAGGAGAAAAGGUGUGGAGAGUUCAACGUGUUCCACAUGCUCGCCGUGGGGCUCAGCAGCUCCAUCCUCGGCUGCCUCCUCACCCUGCUCAUCUACACCUACUGCCAGCGGUACCAGCAGCAGGCCCACGACGCCACUGUCAUCCACCCCGUCUCUCCCGCGCCCCUCAACACCAGCAUAACCAACCACAUCAACAAGCUGGACAAGUAUGACUCGGUGGAGGCCAUCAAGGCAUUUAACAAAAACAACUUGAUCCUAGAGGAAAGAAACAAAUACUUCAACCCGCACCUGACGGGGAAGACCUACUCCAACGCCUACUUCACAGAUCUCAAUAACUACGAUGAGUACUAGUAGCUCUUAGUCCUCGGCUUCUGUAAAUCCUCGGCUCCUCAAAGCCUGUGCUCCAUGACUGCCCAUGUUCCUGAGGCUUCAGAGACAAAGUGUGGAUGUAUUUCAAGUGCAUUUCAAGCCAAUAGUGUCCCAUUGCUGCGAAAAAAAUACACAUCCUGAAAAGCAACAGAAGUCCCGCUGUGGCCUCGUGAAAGUCUGGUCCACAACAAAUGCUCGGUCAUUGUGGACUGAGCCAUGAUGUGACACGUUUCUAUUGUGUUCAGGCCAUUUCUCUAAAAGUGUAUUGUUUCCAUGAGCUUUGUUUUAUAAAUGUGCCACCCACAUUGGAAGGAAUCUUUAGAAAGAAAAAUGUCUUUUUGCUUUUAAGUGUAAAUCUUCCUGAUGUUUUAAUUGGAGGAAAUAGGCACUUUAUCAGAGACCCCCCUCUCUCCACAAGGUCCAUAGUAUGUGAUAGAACAAGGAACAUGAACGUGGCCAGGCACUUUCACCCUGAAUCCCCCAAGGUCCCAAUCUGGAUAAUAUUGUGGAUUCUCAGAAGCAAGCUUGUGUUCAGGCUUGGAAUGAUCCUUUCCCAGGAAGCCCAGGGGUUAGCCCUGGACCUGCAGGGGUGAGGUUCAACCAGGAUACCCUGCUGUGGCCUGGGGUCAGGGACUGUUCUCCCUGUCCGGGUGAGCGACAGAGCAGAGGCACAGACACAGGGAGGUGUGGCAGUGCCCUGCAGCUUGCUGCAAAACCAGCGUUAUUCCCACUCUUGGACUACAUGGUGUUCCAGAGGGCUCCUCACCACACUGUUGGCCUGGAAGCCUCCUGUCUGGUCACAGUGACCUCCUGAAGAGCCAGCAUGUAGAGGAACCACUCAUGCAGCAUUUGGACAAAUUCUACACCUUCUUUCUCCCUGCAAAGAGCAAUUUUGGACCUUGAUCAUGGCGAUUAAGGAAGAUAUUAAAAAUACUGAACUAUAAUUGAAAAAAAACUUUUUAUUUUCCACGUUAUGCACAGUAUUGAAAGAACUGACAUUUAAUGAAAUAUAUUUUUGUUCUCCAUCGCCCUGAUAUAACUAAUGUCUGGCAGUCAGCCCCUACUAGAGCAUUAACGAUAUGUACAGCGGCUCUCCCGAGCCCAUCACUGUCUACUCUGAUGUGACCCCAGUGCAGGCUGUCACGCACUGCCCCAGGCCAGGGGAGGAGGGAGUGUCUGACCCCGGUGCCUUUUCUUUACCCUCGUCUGCCUCCCAUCCACCGAGUCCCUCUCGGUCCCACUGUUCCCUGAAGGGAGGCAACAGCACUUCAAGGUGCACUUGGAAGUAAGGAUGGAUGAUCUUCAUGGGCUCAGCCUUGAUUAUUAAUUAACAUUUCAGAGGGUUUUAAAGCCAUUGGUAGAAGUCCCCAGAAGGGGAAAAAAAUAAAAGAUAAAAAUUAUACACAACUGACACGUAGCAUGUGGCAGCUGGUUCAAUAAUUACUGAAAGAAUAAAAUUGAAAACGUUCAUCUGAAUCCUGUGGGCAUUGUGAUAAAGGCCUGGGGAGAUACUUAGGUAUGUUCUUCUUGAUAAAUGAGCCUUCAGAUCUGUGAAAAUAGAUAGUAUGGGUGGUGAAGAACACAGAACUUUAUUAGCAUAUGUGUUUCUGCCCUAUCCAAUUUAAAGAAGCAAUUUCAGAAAAUGUUGGAAAACUACGAUUAAUAAUGAAUAUUGUAGAAUUCAAAAUAUUCUUAAAUGCCCAAAUUUGCAGAAAGGACUCUUUAUUAAAAUUAAAGAAAUGGCAGGUGGCUCUAGGAGACAUGUUAGGUUGGCUCUAGAAUAUUAGACUGUAGAUGGUUGAUAUGUCAGGACCUCACCAGUGGGACCUCAUGUGGCAUUCUAUGCAUUCCAGGCACCCAGCAAGGGUCCUCUGCUACACACAUGUCCUCAAAAUCUACACCGAGAGGUGGAACAUACAGAUGGCUUCCAAAUUGUUUCUAGGUGGAGUUUUCGUUGACUGCUUGGACUCUUCAAUUUCUGAUAAGAAAAAUCAUCCUCACUCUGUAGGACUAAGUUUCUUUCCUUCCUUCUUUCUUCCUUCCUUCCUUCCUUCCUUCCUUUAUUUUCUUUCUUUCUUUCUUUCUUUCUUUCUUUCUUUCUUUC